AUGCCCGCCGCUCCGCUCCGCCGCCCGCUUGACGUCGUUCGCCCAACCACGCAACAACCACGGGCAGCCCUCACCCGGCUCGUCCUCCGGUCGAACCUCACCUCAACCCCCGCGCCACGCUUUGCUCCCGAGCGCCGAGCGAACCUCACCGCCACCGACAUGCGUCCAAAGGCCUCGCUCAAAGCCGUUGCCGCCGUCAUGGACAAACCAAUCCCUGCCUUUUACUGCUGCUACCUCCUGCGGUCUACUGUCAAGCCUGCAAGCCUUUACGUCGGCUCGACGCCGAACCCACUGCGCCGACUCAGGCAGCACAACGGCCUCUCCACAGGUGGCGCUACACGCACAGACCGCGAGCAGUUGCGCCCGUGGGAGAUGGCCUGCAUCGUCACCGGCUUCCCUUCCAAGAUCGCUGCACUUCAGUUCGAAUGGGCAUGGCAAAACACUCACAUUACACGCCAUAUCCCCGCCGAGGACCGAAUUACUGCUCCAAGUAAAAAAGGUCGCAAAAAAGUCCGUCACCCAUCGCGGCUCCCUCUUAAGGACAGAAUCUCCAACCUUCAUCUUCUUCUACGCGUCAAGAGCUUUUACAGAUGGCCCCUACACGUCACAUUCUUUGCCGAGGAUGUAUAUUGCGCCUGGAAGGAUUGGACAAAAAGCACACCGUUCAAACUCAGGAGCACCAUUGGCGUGCAGCUGGAAAAAGCAGACGCCCCGGAAGUAUGCCAAAGGCCAGAUGCGGAGAAAACGGUCGAUACUUCCAAGGCGAUUGGCAAUGGAAAGGGCAUUGAGGGUAUUGAUGUCAGCUAUGAGAGCUUAAAGGCUUAUCUAGAGAAGAGCAGAGUUCUCCUAGAAGAGGGUAGGGAGCUCGCAUGCGUGGUGUGCGAGAAACAAAUGCAGGCAGAGAAGUGCGUCACGCUGGUCUGUCCGCACGACGACUGUCAGGCUAUCUCGCACAUGACCUGUCUCUCGGAGGCAUUUCUACGGCAAGAGGGAAACCCCGAUGCAAUCAUGCCUUUGCAAGGCACAUGUCCUAGCUGUGGGAGGCUCACGCAGUGGCCAACACUCAUGAAAGAACUAAGCCUUAGGAUCCGUGGCGAGAAAGAGAUCGCUUCCCUUUGCAGAAAACGUAAACGCAGAGCAGCAUCGAACUCGACGACGAAAGCAUCAGUGACCGCUGCGGUAGGUGUGGUUGGUGCGGUGAGCGCACUUGAAAGUGAUGGCAGCUCAGAUGAGUCGGAGUAUCCGGACAUUGAAAACGGCCUGCCGCACUCUAUGAAAAGUCGGGAUUCGCCUCAAGGCAGCGAUGGAUUUGAAGACAUCGACGAAUGGUAUCACCAGAGAGACGGUAUUGAGCCAGACUCAGACACAGACAUUGAUAUGGAUGAACCGCAAAAGGAGUUGAGGGCCACUGCAACUCUGGGAACGACGACGCGCGAGUUCUCGCCGAUAGUGAUCGAAGACAGCGAUUGGGAUGAUGCUGAGGAGUUGGAUUAG